UUCAAAGUGCUUGCAAUAAUAAAACAACUUUUAAUGCAUCAAUUUUUUGUUAAAUAGAUGCAUUACGCAGUUAAUGUGACCUUUUUGUUUACAGAUCAUCAGAUGUAAUUUAUCACUCAAAAAGUUUAAAUAAAAGUACUGGUUGGAACUUGGAAAGCAAUUAGCCUCAUUAGGGGAUGAGAUACCGAUUACCAAGUUCUCUUCUUUUUUCUCAUUAAUUCAAAUCACAAAUUCUGGAUCUGGAGGGAUGUAUGCAGCUGAUCAAAUGUCUGAUUACUUAUCUUUUUUGGUUGUUUUAUUGUUUAACUUUCUUGCUAGCUAGAAAUCCUAGAAUUUUUAUGUUCUGUACCUAGCAGUCUACCUAGCACCAUCCCAUCCUAUCAGGCUUGCCCUUGCAACAAUCAAACUGAUCAAAGUUCACUAUUUUAUAUUACCUUAAAUUCUUAAAAAUGGAUCGAGAAAUUAACUUUUCAUACCCUAAUCAUUACACCUUGUACUUGUCAUUUAUUUCUCGUAUUCCUUUUCUUUUUAUUAUGGAUGAAAUUUUAAAAGUCUCUUUUGGAUUAGUUCCAGUUCCUGCAACAAAUGAUCAAAAUGACAGCUCAGUGCUUGAAGAGGGAAGCCUCCAGAACAUUCAUGAGGCUUUCCCCACCAACUCAGUGGAUGUGUCAAGCUAUGGGCAGACAUAUGGCAGAGAGGGGAUGGACCUAGAGAGAAGCAUACUAAAAGUCUUCAGUGAUGCAACUCACGAGUAUUUCUUCAUCCCUGGGAACACCAUACAGGAGCCUCUACUUAUGUCCAUGGCGGCAACACCACUUGUGCCGCUCCUUUUUAAGAUAUCACUGUUUAUUCUAGUGUUCCUGAAUAGUUUCAUUGCUUUCAUGCUGAGCUGGGAACACCUGAAGAUGUUGUACAACAUUUUUAGUUGCGGGGUGUGCAUUGCACUCAGCUACCACAUCAACUGUUCAGCCGUGCACCUCUUCUUCAACGAGUCCCUGGACGGUGACGCGCCAUCAGGUCUCGAGAACCUCCUGAGAUUAGGAGGCACUGAAAUCGCCCCUGCUCACGUUGUAGUUCUCGUCACCAACUACAUCAUUCAAGCGCUGCUGUGUCUCUCCUUCAUCCACCUACAGCUAGGGAUAGACGACAUGCUCAUCCUGAAAGCUGUCAUGAUCUGGGCUUUCCUUUUACCCUCUGGUUCCAUGCUUGUAACUUUCUCUGAGAAUAUAACUUUAUCUGUAGCCUUUGUUGGGGCGCUUAUCCCACUGACCCGUCUCGUGUUCACGGUCAUCUCGAGCUUGCCUCAGGCUUUUCUUGUACUCGAGGAUGCCAUUUCUUAUGCUAAGGUGGUAAUUCCUGAUGGCGGAUUGCACACACUCAUCGAGUUAGAAUGGAAGAGAAUAAAUGUCCCCUUCGUUCUCAGAAUAUUUUGGAGCGUGAGAGUUGCAAAUUUUGUAGCUUACUUCUUGGCUGCUCACUUGCAGGAGCUGAAUACCUAUAACGUUCUCAUGUUGCUUAGUCCUUCAAUGUGCUACAGACUCUUCAAGUCAACUAUGACAUACGGCUGCGAUACCAUCAUUGCUCUAUUAGGCAUGACAAGUAUUGUUUCCUACAUUUGUCAUUAUGUCGAGGAGUUCUUUCAAAACAUUCUCCUUGCGGAUGACCGCGAUGACCGAAGUAUGGGAACGGUGAGCGCUAUCCUAUUUUUUGUUCUUGCAGAGCAAAGUGGCCUCACUAUUCUUGAGGAUGAAAAGCGCUUCGUACGUCUAUGCAGGAAUUUCUGCUUGUUGUUCACUGCGAUGUUGUACCUCGUGCACAACAUGGUUAGUCCCGUGCUGAUGAACCUCGGCGCCUCACGGAACCCGUCGCUCAGCCGUCAUGUUCGUGCUCUCGUUGUGUGUGCCGUGCUGCUGCUCUUGCCUGCCUCGCUCCUCUAUGUUCUCUGGUCGAUUUUCGAGCUCUCUACUUGGCUGCUUGCCGUUUCCACUUUCUCUUUCCAGGUCAUCAUCAAAACGCUAGUUACGGUAUUCAUUUAUGGAAUUUUCAUAGCAGAUUCAUAUUACAGUCUCUUUUGGGAAAACUUAGAUGACUAUGUGUACUAUAUCAAAGCCUUUGGUAACACUGUUGAAUUCCUCUUUGGUAUUGUGCUCUUUUUCAAUGGAUUAUGGAUAUACUUCUUCGAGUCUGGAGGCGCGAUUCGCGCACUCAUGAUGUGCAUACAUGCGUAUGUGAAUCUCUGGUGCGAAGCCAGGAAUGGCUGGUCAGCGUUCAUUAAACGCAGGAACGCGGUCAGAAGAAUUGCUUCUAUUCCAAAUGCCACAAGGCGACAACUUGAAGAACAUGAUGAUGUCUGCACGAUUUGCUUCCAAAGGCUUAACUCGGCAAAGAUAACGGGAUGCAAUCACUUCUACCACGAGCUAUGCUUGCGCAAGUGGCUGUACGUACAGGAUUCGUGUCCGCUCUGCCAUAAGGUUCUCUACAACAAUGACCCGGUAGAGGAAAACGCCGGCGGUGGUAUCAUGGCACUAGGCGGGCUAGUGGAGGACAUGGACCAUGCUCCUCGUGCUGCCCUCCAGCCUCGCCGGGUUAUGGAAGUUCCUCCAGCAUUUGAGGGGAACAGACUUGCUGCAGCGGAGCCUGGUGGUAUCAUGGCACUAGGUGGACUAGUGGAAGACAUGGACCAUGUUCCUCGUGCUGCCCUCCAGCCUCGCCGGGUUAUGGAAGUUCCUACAGCAUUGAAGGGGAACAGACUUGCUGCAGCGGACCCUGCCAACCAUACAGAACAUCACGAAACGAACUCAGCCAAGUCGAGCGAUUCCAAUUAUUCUCCGCAAGUCUUACUGCUUCAGGGAGUGUCAACAAAUGACAUGACGCACGAAAACAGCACAGAAGCUAGAACCUCAAGUGCUAACCACGAGUCUAAAGCCCAAACAUCACAAAGAAACUGCGAUGGAGUUACGACCGAUGUGGACACUGGUCCCCCUGAUAUGCUUGACGACUCACCAAAUACAACUAGUCCACGGAGAAGUAAUCGAUUAAUGACGCGCGAUCAUUUUUCUAGGGAAGAUCCCGGUAUCAUACUAGAUACGUAAUUGUGUUAGGACAAGCAUAGGAAAGCAUUCGAAAAGCACUAUUCUGUGAACAUGACGCGUAAUACGACAAAAUUGUGAAGAGUCAGUCUCCCAAAACUGUUUAAAGAGGAAAUUCGAUUAAGAUACAGGAUGUAAGCAAGGUAGAUUUUUUCACUAUUUUUUCUUGUACCUUCGUGCGCACUAAACGGAAGUUCAACUAUUGUAAAUAAGGUUAAUUUAUGACAACUUAUUUUUUUGUGCAAAAAUAGAGACCAGUAACAAAGCGGUACGCUUAGUCUCAAUUUGUCUUGUUGUAAGCAUUGUACAGUAGGUUUUAUGUCCUGGAAGUCCGGCAAUUGACCAAUCUUAAUUGUGUUUUGUUCAUGUAAUGGUAUUAAAUUUAAAAAAUGGAACAAUUCAUUUUGAACAUAUUUUGUUUUAUUAACUCUUCGUGAUGGAACUACCAUCCAAGUUAGAUACAUUUCAUAGUUUCAUACAGCUAUUUCUGGUCAUUUGCUGAUUACUUACGCUAACUUGAACUUCAAUAUCAUGUGAUUGUGCAUGGAAGCUAAUCACAAUAGGUAGACGUCCAGUUCAUCAAGUUUUGUAACCUGAAUCCAAGAUAAUUCAAGUCGAUAA